AUGAACAUAAAAAGCGAAAUUCAUAAACGCCUAGCCGUCGAAGAUCGUAGUUUUACAGAGAACAUUGGCUACGGAAUUAAACUAUGGAAAUCAUCUAGCUUCUAUUACAUGUCGAAGUAUGAUAUUACGUUCGAUUUUUUUCUGAACAAUGUGCAAAAUUUUUUUAGUGAGCUCGCCAAGCUACCAGAAUAUCAGUUUAACGAGCGCUGGCUAAUCGUGAACACAUUCCUAGCACUAUCAUGUCCCACCAACGCACUUCCCGCUUCUGUCGUUGGACGACUGGAGAAAACAUUUCGUGCCAUUACGGAAAAAUCGGUUGGACGGAAGGAACAGCUGCUUCAAAGCCUUUUCCUCAUAGCGUUCGAUGUGAAGUAUAAAAAUUUCUACAAAUUCGACUUUAAAGGCUAUGCCGGUGUGCUUUGUGUUGCACUGCACUACUACAUUAAAUGUCUUCAAGAACAGAGACCAAAGGAGGAGGAAGAAAAAAUCGCAGAAAGGAUUUUCAACGAUAUUAAAAUCUACCUCAUGUCGGCGGCAGACCUCGCUAAAUGGAAGGAAUCGUUUGAUAAGAUCGUUACGCCAUUGUGCGGAGUGGUUUUACUGCUAGAAAAGCAUGGUGUGAAUCGCCGCAAUGAUCUACUGGAUUUCUUUGAACAAGUUUACUUUACGAAGGACAACGCUUCGUCGUACAAUCGAGUGACCGGCAAAUCUCAUCGCCUGCAGUUACUAGGGUUCGAUGUGGAUAAAACACCGCUGCAUGUGAUGGCCCUGCUGAUCGAGGGAUUCCUUCGAGCGUACCGUGAGCAGCAGCUAGAGAUUCUUCUGUUUCUGAAGUACUAUCUGCAAAAUGUGUUUGUGAAUGAGAAUCAGUCCAUUCUUGCAGACACCCAUCAGGUGUUUUCCCUGACGAAGCACGUGUUCGCUUUAAUGCGGAAGCAUUUCAUCAUGUUUGAUCAGCAGCUGAUGGUGGACUUUAAUUUCACGGAUAUUCUCACAACCAAGCUAAAAGAACUGCUAGAUAUCUGCACGUCUUCCGAUGCGUUAUUGAGAGAUUUUCUAUCCCUCAUCUGCACAAUUAACGAUUACAAUCCACUAAUUCUAGAGCAUAGCGUUGUGGAUAUCAUAUUAAAAAUCAUGUUCUUGCGCAAGGAUCCCGACACACUGCGCAGUUUUCAGGAUAUGCUAAUUUCAACGAUCAAUAUGUACGUAAAACUCAACAAGAACGAAAACUUUCGAGACGAAUUGUUCAUGAAAUUGGGCGAUUACUUAGACGAGCACGAUCUGGACGAAACGAUCUUACAGUUGCGAAAAAAGGCAACGGGAAAGCGAAAGAGCCUGAAUGUCAACACGCCCACGAAAAAGAUGAAGCUUGCGAACGGAUCCGCUGAAACACCUGUCGAGAUGCCUGAGAAAAAAGCACCGUUUUGGGAUCUUUUACGUUUAGAGGGAAAUACUUCGGAAGAGAACAAGCUCGCCUCAAGACGUGUAGAGCCACAAAAUUUUUGGCCUACCAUCACAUUUGCCUGGCCCGACGCGGAUGGGCGAUUGGGCAACGCAAUGAAGGAGUACGCCAAACUGCUGCUGACUAAUCGUAGCUUCGCGUACUGGAAAAAGUUCAUGUUCGUAUUGAACGAUACCCUGAAUGCGCCGGAACACACCGAAAGUAUCAUUUUCCAACUUGAACUGGCACUGUGUUGGUUGUGCUAUUUCUUUGCGGGAAACACGCUGGUUGAAAAUUCGAACCUGUUCUGGAAUAAACUCUUGGGACAUUUCCACGAAUUCGAUCAAGUGAUGGGUAAUGUCGCUCGGCAGUUCCUUCUGAACGACACGGAAACAGGAGAUAAGCGACUAUACGGAGCAUAUUUGAACACGUUGUACUUUUACGGUAACUUUCGGCUGAUGGUGCAAUAUUACCGUCCGGAUUCGAUCGAAGAGAACAGUAACAUCCAACUGCACUCCUAUCUGAACGACACCGAAUGGGGUACUAUUAUGGAACGUACCCCGGAUAAAGACGUUGCUCUGUUGAAUCGAGUGCUGUUACAGAAACUUCGUGUACCCUUUUUUAUACAAGAUCAAGAAUCAUUGGAGGUUGAGAAAGAGCGAUCUAACUCCAACGAAGAGAGACACCAACUGAUCGAGAAAAUUCUGAAUGAUACGUCGGGCGAAACCUUCCGCCCCGUUCUGUUGGACCGUGCAACAAACGUUUGGUUUUUACGUUUGCUUGACAAACAGCGGCAGAGGCACGUGAUAGGCUCGCAUCUGCUCGACCGUGCCUACUGUCCACUGGAUGAGAUGCGGUUCAUACUGCAGAAUGUUUCGUUUGAUCACGAGCUGCUUGAAGUGUUCGUACUGUCGGUGUACAAACGUGUGGCGGAGAUUCUUUCUAGUGGUCCCGCUGAAAAGGCCUCAUCCUUGCGGAAAAUAUCGUUUGAUGAGCUUUUCGAUCAGGAUAAUGCGGAGAUUGUACCUCAGAUACAAAUGUUACUAAAAACACGCGCUAAUAAGCGAUUAGGGAGAGCAUCCACUCAGUCGGAAAUUUCGGAUCCAGACAGUUUGGGGCAUUUGCUCGAUGUACUGGAUGAAAUACGGGUGGAUUCCCUAGAUCAAGAGAAGAAAUCGGUGCUUGUCGCUGUUCAUUUGCUUCUGUUGGUGACCAUGGAAUCUUCGGGUGGUCGGGAGAGCGAUGUAGAACGCUUUAAAAGCAAAGUGAUAAAGAUUGUGUCGUUGGGAACUACAGUAAAUGUUGCUAAAUUCGUCACGAUAGAAACCUUGAUCAAACUAUUCGGCAUUUCUCCUAUUCUGAUGAUCUUGUUGCAUCAGCUGGUUGAUAAUUUAACGGAGGAAUCUUUCGAGGAGUUCAAAUCGAUUCUGGCAAACUUUUCUACCAAGAGCGACGACCAUUUCGAUUUGCUGCUGUUGAUUUACAACCUCGAACAGAGGAAUAUUUCUAGAACUAAGCCCAAUAGUACCGUUUUGGUUCCCUUGGAACAGCGGAACGAACUACUGGUGAACAUCGUCUCCGUUAUUGACGGAUACCUUCUGGAAAAGGAUCCUGCGCAGCAGUGUGCCGAGGAUGCCGUAGGUUUCAAUCGAGCAAUUAAAGCCUGUUCAAUCAGCAUACGUCAUAAGGUGGGCCACAAAGACGAGCUCGGAAAGAAGUUCCAUAAGCACUUGUUGGCUUACAUGGCACAAGCGAUGUUGGUAAAUUCUUAUAACUCAGACAUCCUGUUGACGAAGUGUCUGGCCCAUCACGACUACCUUGCGCUUGAUCCUGCUCAAACGGUCGCUAUCAAGGAGAAGUGCUGGCAAUCGUUCCUGAACAUAAUGCACGAGCAAGCAUCAUUAAAAGUUCGUCCCGAGCACGCCAUUUGCGCAAGCGAAGAAGAACCUACGAUCAGCAAAUCGGACGAGCAAACGAGCCGUAUCGAAACACUCAUCGGAUCUCUGGGCUCGCACUUAUCGGAGGAAGAAUUCGCUGAGAAGCUAAAUAGCCUCAACAGGAGUGGUUCGUGCAGCACACCGGCUUCGCUGAAUGUCACACUGACGGUGUUCACAAUGCUGGCGAAGAAGGGCAUUAAGAACACCGUCUCGCACGAAACGUGCAAGGUAUUCGUACGUUCGUUCGCCGCAGUUGUUGGACGUGACGUUAUGGGACUGUGCGUGUUGAAUCAGCUUCAGUGCGAGCCUGAGCUGGUUGGGACGAUUCUCGAAUGCUUUGCAACCAUUAUCGCCAAACGCAAGCUGUCCUUGUUCCCAGGAUUGCUCGACUACAUGCUGCAGUUCAUGAGCGCGAUCAACAUUGGCAAACGGCCGGUGCAAGAGGGCGAAGAGGUGGCCUUUUACAAACUGCAUCGCUUGAUGAGCGAUGUGUUGUUUCGGAUGCUGGAAGCACGCACAAACUACCUCGUCAGCCGGCUUCCCGGGUACCUUCAGGUUUACCACGGCCUGAUAGGUGCGAUCAUUUGCUACAAGGGUGAUUCAGCCAAUGGCAAGGCUUUAACCAGCUUCGAAAUUCUUUCCUUAUCCGAUCUUCUGCUACCUCUGGAACGAAUCAUUGCCAUUGCGAGGAAAAUGCUCGAGAGCAAGCUGAGCGUGAUGGCACCGUACACGUUGGCACAAAUUGUGCACACGAUCGUACAAUGCAAGCGGCCCACCACUCAACAAGACAGGAUCGCGGCGAAGGUGUACAACAUCUGCUUCGACCUGAUGGCCAUCUACGAUGUUCAGGCCUCUUCGUACCUGUUGCGGACGAUGGACGAAAGCAGCCGGUUACUGUUUACUAAGAUAAAGAAACGCCAAAACCGAAGUCGUUUCAUAAAACGCAAGGCAACGGGAAGGUCUGCCUAAUUGAAUGUUGUAAAAACACUUUGCCGAAAAGGGUCACCUUUAGCAGCCAGAAACUACCGCAGUUGGUACCGAUUUUUGUUGCUACACGAGAAA